GGCCUCCAGUUCGCCGGCAAAGUGCACUCGCUCCCGUCCUUAUCCCAGCCCCAGCCCCAGCCCCAGCCUGAGCCUGAGCCAGAGCCCCAGCCGCUCCAGCCGCAGCCGCCGCCGCCUUGGGAGACAGCCCGGAGCCCGCACCCCCCGCCCCAGCCCCCUCCCCAGGUUGCCCGCAGGCCCACUCCCACCCCGAGACAGGAUUUGGGGUCUGACCCUCUCCUCUGACACCUCAGAUCAUGCCUCUCCUGACCCUAAUGGUACUUGCUCUGGUAACAGGUCAUGGCCAAGCAGAGACAAGAAUUAUAAAGGGGUAUGAGUGUCCAGCUCACUCCCAGCCUUGGCAGGUCGCACUGUUUCAGAAGUCUCGUUUACACUGUGGGGCCACCCUCAUCGACCGACAAUGGAUACUCACAGCAGCUCACUGCCAGAAGCCGUGGCCAGUACUGGGUGUACCUGGGGGCGCAUAACCUUCAGCGGCCAGAUGGCUGUGAACAGAGAAGGAUGGCGACCAUCUCCAUCCCCCACCCGGGCUUCAAUGGCAGCCUCCCCAACAAGGACCAUCGGAAUGACAUCAUGUUGGUGAAGCUGAAAAUCCCUGUGAUGCUGACUCGGGCGGUGAAGCCGUUAACCCUACCUGAGCACUGUGUCACUCCUGGCUCCCGAUGCCUCAUCUCCGGCUGGGGCACCACCACGAGCCCCCAGUUGACUCUCCCUCAUACCCUUCGAUGUGCCAACAUAAGCACCAUCGAUCACAGGGAGUGUGAAGCGGCCUAUCCUGGGAACAUCACAGACACCAUGGUGUGUGCCAGCGUCAAGGAAGAGGGCAAGGACUCCUGCCAGGGUGAUUCAGGGGGACCCUUGGUGUGUAAUGGAACACUUCAAGGCAUCAUUUCCUGGGGCCAAGACCCCUGUGCUGUCACCCGGAAGCCGGGUGUCUAUACUAAGGUCUGCAAAUAUGUGGAUUGGAUCCGGAAAACCAUUAAGGACAAUUAACCCUGACCAAAGAAUAUUUCCGUUCCUCCCCCAUUCCUCCCCCUCUUGUCUACUUUAUUCUCAAUAAAUUGCCCUGGAAAGUC